UAGACAGGACACUUGCUGACAGGCAGACUUGUUUGUGCAGCAGCUAGUGUAUAAUGUUAGAUCAACUUUUACCUGCUUUGCGAAAUUUUGUGCGUUUAAUGUACAGGAAAUGAGAAACUCACAUUACCUUUCAUUCUAAUACCUCUACGUAUUUAAUGAGUAUUUGUGCUAAUUAAUACCACGUCGUGAAACUUCCACGAUGUCGACGCGAAGAGCGAGAAUAAAAGCUGUUACCUCGUUACCUCCUCGAAGGAAGAAUACUGAUAAACCAACUACAUCAAAGAAUGAUGUCGAAAAAGCGCUAAAAAGCCCCAAAACACCUCGAUCCCAUGUCAAAGGCGAUGGCGCUAGUGAAAAACCAUCUCCUGCGCCCAAACCACCACCUGGUCUAUUACCUUUACGUUCAGCAUCACCCAUGACACCUAAAGCACCCUUUACUCAGGAAAAAGUACCUAUACCAAGAGAAAACCGUCCAGCUACACCGAAAGUCUCUGAAAAUAUUUCAGUAAUAACGUCGGUCAGUAAAACCAGUGUAUUUGCUUCUCCACAACUAAGACGAGACAGCCCAGAUAUGAGGAGAAUAACGUCUCCUAUUACACCUAGAUUAAGCAAAAAUGUUGUCAAAUAUACCCCACCAUCAAUGAAAGUGUUUGACGGCCAGAAAGAGAACAAAACUGUAAAUACUGAGGCUAAUAAAAGUGAUAUUAUAGAUGAUUAUAACAAUGUGCCUAGUGUACCAGAAAGUGUUUCCGAAGAUGGAAUGGAUGGUAUCAUACCACUUCAACCUACCAUUUCUGCUCCGAAACCCAUAGAUCAGUUGAAGAAUGAAAUUAUUUCUGAAAAUGCUGAAGUACUCUUUGAUCCGAUUGUUCCAUUGCCUUCACCGAGUAAGGUUCGGCCUAAACUACGACCCGCACCACGGUUAGGCCCACAUCGGAGAAACAGUAUACAGGGUAGUGCUAGUGAAUCAGAGGAUGAAAGUCGACGAGCGCUUCUCAAUGCCGGGUCAACGACCCCAGCACCACCUAGACAGCGACAUGAUUCGCAUACGUCGUCGCUUAGCACACUAAUAUCGGCACCAGCCAGGGAAAUGAACCGCAUCCGAAACGACUCUGUGUGCUCAGGUGUGAGCCAGCUGACCUCGCAGCCGCCCGCGACCUCGCCCAUCAAGGAACAGAAACACGUGUCCAGGUCUCGUCGCCAAGAAAUGAGCCGUCGGAUGUCGGCGAUGCGCCGCCGACAUGAGAACGUACAAAAGGAGAAACUUACCAUGUAUGACCUAAUAUUCUACAACCCUACCACGAACCCCAUUGUUCAGACAGAAGACGAGAUAAUAGCUAAAGAGGCCAACCAGAAGGAGGCUGUGAGGCAAGCUCGGGAGAGUGAUGAGAAGGUCGAUGACCCCCCUGAGACUGAGGACGCGGCGCCCGUGCCACAGAUUAAACUCGGUCCUAAUGGAGAGAUUGUCAUCGAUGAACAAAGUUUGGUGAUAAAACGAACAGAGUCGCAACGCAAACUGUCGUCGGUGGUGCACGAGGGCGCGUGGAGCGGCGGCAGCGGACGCUACACGCGCGCGCCGCGCACCGGCGACUGGAGCGCGGCCGAGACUGUGCGCUUCUACCGCGCGCUCGCCGCGCUCGGCACUGACUUCACUCUCAUGGCGCAGCUCUUCCCCGACCGGAAGCGGAAGGACAUGUAUCUCAAGUUCAAAAAGGAAGAGAAAAUAAACGGCGCGCAAGUGGACAAAGCCCUACGGUCAGUGACUCGAUGGGACGUGGCGCGGCUCACGGAGGAGUUCGCGCACGAGCGGGCGGACGAGGCGCGGCGAGCGCAGCGGCUGCGCGAGGUCAAGGCGGCCGAGCGGGAGCGGGUGAAGAAGGCCAACCAGUGGCUGCAGAGGCAGAGUCGUAGCGUGAAAGCGCUGGAGUCUUCUGUAGUCCCACACGACGACAACAGCAACGUGAUAGACGAUCUGGUAGAACGAGCGCUCAACAACAACAAGCGAGGCAGGAGGCGGAAGACUACUGACCAAACUGGCGCCGACAAAAGAAAACCUUCAGAAACAGAAUCAACCUCAUCGACACCCAAAUCAAAUAUGGCCACACUGACGCUCAUAAAUAGCGCAAAGCGGUCACAGAGCAAACAAGGUUCAGACCUAACAAUAUCCAGAAUAAACCCGCACGCAGGAAAAGUGCCAAUCAGUUCCCAGCCGAAUUCCACAUCCAUACCUGCAAAUAUACAAGCUGGUUCUUUAGUCGUACUUCAAGUCAACGAUCCAAAUUCUCCAACGAAGAAAAUGUUACAAACAUAUAUUUCAAAAGGGCCAGGUCAAUUGACGCCUGUGGCGUUACCUCCCACCUUUUUGAACUCUGUUAUUGGUUAUAUGAAAAAGGGGAAGGAUGGGUCGUCCCCGCAACUAACGUCGCCAUCUAGUGUCGGGAGCCAAGAUAGUAGAACUAGUACCCCGAGUGUGAUACAAACUAAUCCAAGCCCGGCAGCGAAAAGACAGCGAAUUGGUUCAUACAAUAUUACGUCACUUUAGCGUGUUUUAAAUGUGGGUACUGUUUUUGCUCAUUAAAUAACGCCACUGUCGAGCGAAGACCCACUUUUGUGCUGUCAGUUACGUCUAGACACUCUUCGUUUAUCAAGUUUAUGUCAAAAACAUUGAUUCCAGGGUGAUGUUAUCGAAUAGGUUCACUCUGGAGACCGCGCCCACACUAUUACCACACACACACCCACAUUAUUAGUGUAAAGGAGGCAUAAGAUUAAAUUUUUAUUUCGCUUGCAUGUGUAACCGGUAAUAUUAUAGCACCUGAAGGUAUUUUUUGGAAUAACAUAUUAACAACACGUAUUAAUUUUAAGAAAAAAUCGUUCUAUUUUAAAAUCUGCACUCAAGACUGAUUUUGUCGUAUAAAUCCAUACCCAAAUCAAAACGCUUGUAUAGAUCUUUGCUGUGCCUAUAGCAUAUGUAAUUAUGUAAAUUAUUCAAAUUGCCCUUAAGAAUAUGUGUAAAUACUAAAUAAUCGUUGUUAAAGUGUCGACGUAUUGUUCGUCGGCGCCUUACGUGAUGUAAUAAGUUUUAUAGGAGUAUGUAGUUCCCAGAUUGAGUUGACAUCUGUUUAUCAAUUAAGUUUUUUUUAAAUAUAGGUAUUAUUGUUAUACAGAA